AUGAAUAUACCAAAUUUAGUUGAUCUUAACAAGUUAAAAGAAUUAAGGAAAACUAACCCAAAGAAGGCUAAAAACUUUAUAAAAAAAUUAAAAAAAAAGGUUGCAAGGGAGAAAAAAAAAGAAAAAAAAUAUAGUAAAUUAAAUAAUUUUAAUGAAAAUAAAAGUUCAUUAAGUAAUUUUAAUAAUGAAUACUAUGUAGAAUAUAUAGAAGAAGAAAUCGAUGAAGAACUUUCUAGAAAUUUUGAAGAUGUAUAUAAAAAAUUUAAAGUUAAUAAAGAAACUAAUAUAGAGAUAGAAAAUGAUGUAGAUGAUGAGAAAAAGGUAAUUUUAGAUGAUACAUAUUCAGAUGAAGAUGAUGAAGAAGAAGGAAGAACAAAAAUAAAUAAAGAAAAUAUUUCUAAAAAAGCAUUAAAGUUGUUAAAUAGACCAUCAGUAAUGAAAUUAAAAGAAUUUGCUAAAAAACCAGAACUCGUAGAAGUGUGGGAUACUACAGCAAAUGAUCCUUUUUUUUUUGUUUGGUUAAAAUGCUUAAAAAAUUCAGUUCCAGUUCCUCAACAUUGGUGUCAAAAAAGAAAAUAUAUGCAUGGAAAAAGAGGAAUUGAAAAAAUUCCUUAUAGAUUGCCACCACAUAUAGAAGAUACUAAAAUUAGUGAAAUCAGGCAAUCAAUAAAAGAAAAAGAAGAGCAAAAAUCUUUAAAACAAAAAAUGCGUGAUCGUGUAAGGCCUAAACUGCAUACUAUGGAUAUAGAUUAUCAAACAUUACACGAUGCUUUUUUUAAAUAUGCAACAAAACCUAAAUUAGUAAAAUUUGCAGAUAUAUACUAUGAAGGAAAAGAAUUUGAAUUAAAAACAAAAAAAUUUUGUCCAGGUAUAAUUUCUGAAAGAUUAAGAAAAGCUUUAAACAUAGAACCAAAUGAACCGUUACCUUGGUUAUAUAAUAUGCAAAAAUAUGGAUUACCUCCUUCUUAUCCAUAUUUAAAUAUUCCUGGUUUAAAUUCUUUACCUAAUGAAACUUCAAGUGGCAAUAAACUACAAGGAGAUGAUAGUAUGAAAUUACGAAAUGAGAAGUUAAGUGAAUCAGGAAGUAUUGUUUAUGGAAAUUUCCUAUCCUAUAAUAUGAAUGAAAACAACAAUAAAUAUGCAGAUGAUUUCUUAUGGGGUGAGGUUGAUGAGAAAUAUGAAGAUUCAGAAGAAGAUUCAGAAGAAGAGAAAGGAGGAGAUGAAAAUGAAGAAAAAAAGAAAAGUAAAGAUAUAGGAGAAAAGGAAAAAAAUGAAAACUUAGACUCUGAAAAUAUAAAUCUAGAUUUAAAUGAAAAUCAAAAUGAAGAUUUAUUAAAAAAUAAUUAUUCAAGUGGAAUUUAUAGUGUAGUUACUAACUCAAAAUUAAAUGGUACAUAUACUCCUUAUGUAGAGAGUGGAUUAGCAUCUGUUGAUUUAACCUCAUUUAUUUCUGGUUAUGAAACACCUAAAUACGUGUAUAAUACUAAUUAUAUGAAUACGCAAAAUAUGAAACCGUAUACAAUUUUACAAAAAGAAGAAGUUCCAAUUUCUCAAAACAAUUUAUUUUCCUCAAAUAUUAAAUAUAAAAUUAAUCCAUCUGUUCCCAACAUGAAUAAAAUCUCUAAUAUAUCAGAAGGUAUUUUGACUCCAUACACAGUUAGUGGUAUAAACACUCCAUAUAUACAAAAUGAACUAUCCAAAAAUUCUUAUGAUAAUACCAAUAAUUCAAAUAUAGAAGAUAUAAAAAAAGAACUAAAUAAGUUUGAGGAAAUAUCUAAUAAAGUAAAACUUGUUUCAGCACAAGUAGACAAUUCAAAAAAACCAAAAAAAGAUGAAAAAAAAAAAAAAAAAAAAAAAUACUUCAAAUUUUAA